AUGUUUUUUCGUUUUAUUUUUAUUUUUCUACUAUUAAUUUCUAAAUCAACCCAAAAUAUUUUCAAAUACAAUUUAUUUCAUCAUUCACAUCCUACUGAGCCUAAAAAACCUCCAAAUCCGAUUGUUAUAAGAAAACCUUCCACUGUCCAUAUAUUCUGUGACAAGACAACAAAAGAUUAUUUUGAUUUAUGGUUGAAUUUGGAGCUAUUCAGCCCUCUAAUAAUUGAUUGUUGGGCAGAUAAUAUGCGUUUGGAAUUUAAUGUGACAACUGGGAUGGCACAGGAACUUGAAGGUGUACAUGUGAGGGUGCCUGGGUUUGGAAAUACUGAAACUGUUGAAUGGCUCGAUGCUUCCAGAAGAUCACCUUCCGAAUACUUUGCCCCAAUCGUCGAAUCACUUGUCUCUUGGGGCUAUACACGUGGAAUUAACGUUGUAGGUGCUCCUUAUGAUUGGAGAAGGGCGCCAAGAGAAUUAUCCAAAUAUUUUGUUAAACUUAAACAUUUAAUUGAAACAUUAUUUUAUAAAAAUGAAAAUCAAAAAAUUGUUAUAAUGGCACAUUCAAUGGGUAAUUGUAUGGCUAACUAUUUUUAUCAUAAUUUUGUUAAUCAGGCUUGGAAAGACAAGUUUCUGGAAGGACACAUUUCUUUAGCUGGAGCUUGGGGAGGGUCCACACAAGUUAUUAAAGUGUAUGCCUCUGGCUAUAACAUGGACCAUUGGCGAGUUGUUUUACCACCUUCCCGUUUACGAACAAUGCAACGUUCAUUUACUAGUUCAGCACUUUUAUUUCCCUCGCCUAAACUGUGGGGGCCAAACGAGACUUUUGUAAUAACUCCAAGAAAAAAUUAUUCCUUGUCAAAUAUAGAAGAAUUCUUUACUGAUAUAGAAUUUCCACAAGGAUUGGAGCAAUGGAAAAGUGAAAGUCCUUCACUUAUAAUUGACCCUCCGGGGGUUAAAGUUUACUGUAUUUAUGGAAGUGAAGUAAAAACGCCUGAACAAUAUAUUUGGUAUCAUAAUUGGCUUUUUCCUGAUUAUCAGCCUUAUAUAAGGUAA